CUCCCCUACUCCAACAAACGCUCUAUCUUCUUACCAACAAAAUCAAACUUAAAAUGGCAGAUACAGAAACCGAGACUGUCCUCCCCAGCGAACCCCAAUCCCGACAUGUAGUCUACUGCGGCGUCUGCUCAUUACCACCAGAGUACUGCGAGUUCGGCGGUACGGUCAAGAAAUGCCAGGACUGGCUGCAGAAGAAUCACGCGGAUAUGUAUGACAGGCUGUGGUCUGAAGACGCCCUAGCAGCAGCAACCUCAACCCUCUCCCUCGACGCACAAAAGCGGGCAGAAAAGGACGCCCACAAAAAAGCCCUGAAAGCCGAAGCCGCUGAGCAGAAACAUUUACAACAAAUCGCCGAGUCGAAAGUUACAAUCAAGCGGGUGGAGAGGAAUAAGAGGAAGUUCGUGACCACCGUAACAGGCCUGGAAGCGUUUGGGCUAGAGAAUAAGAAGGUAGCGAAAGAUCUAGGCAAGAAGUUCGCGACGGGAGCGAGCGUGACGAAGGUCCCGAGUGGAGGCGAGGAGAUUGUCGUGCAGGGCGACGUGAGUGAGGAGAUUGAGGAGUUUUUGUUGGAGAAGUAUAAGGUUAUUCCCGAGGAUAAUAUUGAGCUGGUGGAGGAUAAGAAGAAGAAGGGUGCUGGGGCCGGGGGGUGAUACUCUCUCCCACUUCUCUUCUUUGUUUUGGGGGGGAAAUGCUGGGUUCUUCAUACACAAGGACAUUUCUCUGCAUUCAAUUUCCUCGCGAUUGAAAAAGCAGACAGAACCAGGACGCCGUGCUAAGUACAGAACUAUGGGACAAGAAUCCAGACAAGAACUCGGUUUCUCUUCCAGGACUCCUCUUCUCAGAUAGACCACUCUCGGUUUCUCUCUUUGAGAGCUCUUCCACUCCAGACGUCAACUCAAUUCCUCUUCCUCAAAACCCUUCCGCCCGUCGUAGGUGCAGCAGCCGGUUUACUAGCCGGCAACUUCUUCUGGCUCCCCAUCCCCUUAAUCGUAGUCAUAACCGUCUUCUUCUCCUUCACCGGCGCCGCCUUCUUCGCUACCCCAGGUUUCCUAACCACAGUCGUGGUGCUCGAAUCACUCGAGUCACUAAUCGCCCU